CUUUAUAACAACACUAUUUCCUAGAUCAUAGUUCAUUACGAAUUUACGAAAUAAGAGAUAGGAAAAAUCAAAGCAAAGCUGUGUAACUCAUAAACUGGCUCAAAGGAUCUUCCUGCAUGGGUUCUCUUGACUUGCCUCACGCUUCAUCGUUCAAGGGAGGAAGCGAAACAUUUCUUAGGAAUGUGUUUGAGAAUAUAUUGAAAACGUAUCUGAGAAAGAAUCCGACGGCAAAUACGAUAUGGGAACUAGUUCAGUCGGUGGACAACGAGAAGAUCUGUUACGACCACUUCACUUUCAGGACAUUUAAAGUAGAUGGUUACGGAAUAGAUUCCUUGUCGAAUUUCUUCAUGGAUUACGGAUACAAAAUAGGAGGUGUACUUGACUUUCCAAAGAAGAAAGUACGAGUUCUCUGGUUUUCUCCUCCGGCUGUUCACGUCCCUAAUGAUGGUCAUGGUCAAGGCAACGGCCCUUUGCCACGACUUGUUGUAGCUGAGGUUCUUGUGGACGAACUAAGCCCUGAAUCUCAGGAGAUAAUAAGAAAGUACUUAAAACCAGAAGGCGGUAAGCAAGCCGUUCUCUCAAGUAUUUUAGGGUCUUUAAUUUGGGAGAAGCCAACAUGGACCGACUUCAAGCAACUUGCCAAAGAAAGCGAAUUUGCCGCAUGGACGCUUAUCCACGGCUACACAAUGAACCAUCUUGCUUUUGCGGUUCAUCGAUUCAAACACCGUUUCAGUGACAUCAAAUGCAUCAAACAAUAUCUUGAAGAAAAUGGAUUCAAACUCAACAAUGACGGGGGAGUUCUCAAAGUGAGCCAAGAUGGUUUGCUGUUACAAGUAUCCUCCAUCUCGGAGAAACUUGCGGUUGAAUUUGCAGACGGAGUAACUGAAACAAUUCCGGCUUCUUACAUUGAGUUCACUCAACGUCUAAUUCUUCCACAGUUUAAAGAUGUGCCCUGUGAUGAGAUCAAAGAAUUCCAUAGACGUGAAGCCUUUGAGCUCGAUAGCGCCAACCACGUAAUGGAAAGCACCCGUUUCACAGCACAAGCGUAAAACCAGGCUUGUCUUGUUUGGCUCAGUAUGUCAAAUUUGAGUAUAUUGUCCGUUUCUAAGUAAUCUUUUUAUGUGCGAGCUAGUGUGAUUGAGUGUCAGAUAUCUUUAUUUGUUUUCCCUUUUGUGGAGUGGCGAUUACUUUCUUUAAUAGAGAGAACUGGCCCAAUAACAAUAUGUGUUGCCCAUAUUUGUCAGAUAACAUUUGUGUGAGAAAAGACAAUUAUACCCUUUAGUAUGCAUCCACUGAUGAUACUAGGGUUCAAACGUAA